AUGCCUGCCCUCGAGACGAUAACCGCCGAUGUUGUUGACAUCAAGAACGUGAAGGAGGUUAAGGAGAAGAAGGAGAAGAAGGAGAAGAAGGAAAAGAAGGAGAAGAAGGAAAAGAAGGAGAAGAAGGAGAAGAAGACUCGCAAGGCCGAGUCUGACUCCGAGGAGGAGGUCAAGCCUGGUUUCAAGAAGGCCCGCAUCGAGACCCCUUCCCCCGCCGAGACCCCCCGCGAUACCACCCCUGAACUCGGUGCAGAGCAGGAGGCCCACGAUGAGGUUCCCGAGAAUUUGCGCUUGAGCACCUACAGAAUCUCGCCUCCCACCGUCGCUGCCCUUGCUCUCCGUGGUAUCAACGCCCUCUUCCCUAUCCAGGCCGAGACCUUUGACUAUAUCUACAACGGAAACGAUGUCCUCGGACGUGCCAGAACCGGUACCGGAAAGACCUUGGCUUUCGCUCUUCCCAUGGUCGAGAUCUUGCUCAAGGAUAACGCCUCUCCCGGCCAUGGCCGCUCCCCUCGUGUCCUCGUCCUCACCCCUACCCGUGAUUUGGCUAUUCAGGUCUCGAACGAGUUCACCAGCAUUUCGCCCAACCUGAAGUCCAUCUGCCUUUACGGUGGUACCCCCAUCUACGAGCAGACCUCUGCCCUUCGUGGAGGUGUCGAUGUCAUCAUUGGUACCCCUGGUCGUGUCUUGGAUCACAUCAACCGCGGCAACCUCCGUCUGGACUCCGUUCGCUUCGUCUGCUUGGAUGAGGCUGAUCAGAUGUUGGACAUUGGAUUCGCCGAUGACAUGGAGCAGGUUCUUCAGCACGUUCAGACGCAGAAGGAGACCCGCGGUGCCUCGGCUCCCAAGCACCAGACCUUGCUCUUCUCCGCCACCGCCCCCGAGUGGAUCAAGCGCACUGUCGAGAAGUACCUCGACCCCAAGUAUGUCAACGUCGACUUGGUCGGAAACUCCCGUGUUAAGACGAACGAGAACAUUCGCCAUUACGCCAUCCCCUCGACCUGGCAGUCGCGCAAGGACGUCAUUGGAGAUGUCGUCGCUGUCUAUGGUGGUAACCGUGGUUUGACCGUCAUUUUCGCCAACACCAAGGCCGAGGCCGAUGAGCUUGCCUUGACCGACAAGCUCAGAGCCGAUGCCAAGGUUCUUCACGGAGAUAUCCCCCAGGCCCAGCGUGAGCUCACCCUCCAGGGAUUCCGUGAGGCCAAGGUCAAGUGCAUCAUUUGCACGGACGUCUUGGCUCGUGGUAUCGAUAUUCCCAUGGUCGAUCUCGUUAUCAACUGCCAGCCUCCCAAGGACGUCGAGACCUACGUCCAUCGUUCCGGUCGUACUGGUCGUGCUGGCCGCAAGGGCGUCUGUGUCACCUUCUUCAAGGCCCAGGAGGAGUACAUGAUCCAGAACAUCCAGCGUCGUGCCGGUAUGGAGAUGGUCAAGGCUGGUCCCCCCCAGCCCCAGGACAUUAUCGCUGCCACUGCCCAGGAUGCUGCUGACAUUGUUGGCAAGGUCGUCAAGAACGUCAUCCCCAUGUUCAGGCCCAUCGCCGAGUCCAUGAUUGCCGAGACCUUCAACGGUGAUGCUACCGAGGCCUUGGCUGCUGCUCUCGCCCACAUCUCUGGAUACGGUGCCGGUGUUCGUGCCCGUUCGCUCAUGUCGGCUACCGAGGGUUACACUACCUUGAUCUUCCGUCUCUCGCACGAGAUCCAGCACUCUGGAUAUGUCCGCAACAUUUUGACCCGCAACUUCCCCAAGCUGGGCUAUGAGGAUGUCAAGGGCAUGAGAAUGACCAAGGACAUGACCUCUGUCGUUUUCGAUGUCGUCUCUGAGAAGCUCGAGGUCGAUGACAACAACAACAUCCUCCUUGCCGGAACCAAGUGGGCCGAUCUCGACAACAUCAAGUUGGAGGUCGCCAAGACUCUUCCUGAGCUCGAGCAGCGCAUGAACGACAACCGUGGAGGUAGCGGUGGCGGACGUGGCGGCUAUGGCGGCGGACGUGGCGGUGGACGCGGUGGUUUCCGUGGUGGUCGCGGUGGCGGCGGUGGAGGAUUCCGUGGAGGCCGCGGUGGUCGUCGCUAA